UGAAUGAUAACGGUACAUUCUGUGUGUUUAAAUACAAGCAACAAAGAGAAGAAAACAGAACACUCUGAAGAAGCAUGUGGCAUCUAUGGCUUGUACUAAAGGAAAUACUCUACAAAGUCCUUUAGACAGUGACUCCACACAAGGGUCCUAUCUUUCCCGGUGCUGCCAGAAAAAUGGACAAUAUCCUUUUUUUGUUUACAGGGACUUAUGGCUUUUUAAUUGAUGUACUAUUUUAUAACUAAUUUUAUUUGAUUUAGCAAUGUUUUUUAAUCACUAGCUGGUCUUGUAAUAACGUUGUAGAAGACGCUUGGAUCGCAUCAAGUGUAAUGACAGGGUUCUGACGUGACCACUAUGUGGUUGCAUGGUCCAAGUUUCAACUGUAUACUACUUUAAUCAUGUGCAUAAUGUUAAGACUUUCCAUUAUAAGGCAAUAUAAGUGCAUUCUUGGAGUUUAUAAAUGACACUUUUUCCCCCUCUCAUCUUAAGUGUCAAACUUGAAUUUCAGAACUGAUAGAAACAAAGCGUCCCAGUGAGGACACAGCUAACCUUCCCAUGAGAUUUAAAUAUCAGGAAGUCUGUGUGACCUUUCUGGUUUCUCUGUUCAUGUCAUGGUUCAAUUUCAGAAAGGGUCAUAUUGCCUAAAUAUUGUUCAAAUAUGUGGUUAUGGGUGCUAAAAUUUACGAUACAGCAGUAAUAGUUGUUUCCAAAAGAGAAUAAUUAUACUAACUGCAGCAAAUAGCCAUGCAAGCAGUGAUCUAAUGUGCAUUAUGGGUACAAGAAUGCGCAUGCAAAAAGUCAUAGUGGGAGUCUUCUUUAGUUCACAUUUACUGUAUGUAGGUCUCAGGGAGCACUUAUGACAUAAAUGUAAGAAAAUGCUCAAAUUAUAUUGGAUAAUUUUGAGAAUAAUCAGACAAAGCCAAAUUGAAUCAUUCAGCAUUGCUUUAAAGCAGUUAUCAAUAAUGACAUUGUAAACCACAUUCAAUUUAGGCACAGGUGCUUUAUUUUGUUCAAUUAGCCUAUAUUUUGUAAUGUAUAUUGUGUUUUCUAUGUAUUUUUGGUGUUAUCAGAAAUCACAUGCUGGUCAUCUGUUUUGAGUAUCAGCUAUAAAAAAAAAUGCAUUAAUAAUGUAUCAUUUAAAUCGUGUCGAACUGUUUUGUAUCCUUGUUUGAAACACGACCGUUUCUUAAAAAUGUUAUGUGAAGUUGUAUUUUUCCCUAUUCAAACCAAAAAGCUAAUGAGCUGAACUGCAGCUGCCUAGUUAUACCCCAGGAGGAUCCAUGAGCAGUGUGUUUGAGUGGUGGGCUGUGUUAGAGAUGUACUCGCCACAGAGGAAGGACUUUGUCUCUCUGACGCUGGGAGACCAACACAACCGCAGCUACACCAACGGCAAGCACCGGAGGCAGUCCUGCUGGAGGAAAUGGAAGCAGCUGUCUCGGCUUCAGCGCAGUUUGAUUCUUUUCCUGCUGGCCUUCCUCUUCAUCUGUGGGAUUCUUUCCUAUUCCAGUCUGUCGGAGCAGUGGAGAGGGCUCUCUGACAGAUCGUUGAAAGAGGACUGGGUUGAAAUGGAAAACAGAGGUCUCAGGCCCAUUCCCCCUGGCCUCCUCCCGAAGCUCCCACAAGGAGUUGUGCCUGGGGUCCAGGACGUCCCACCAGAAGUGCUGCCGGAGCUUCAAAGACCAAGCAUCCCAAUACUUCCCAAACCUCCAGCUAUGCAGAGGAAGCCCCCUAGCAAGCGUGGUCCUCCAGCUCUACAAAAGCGAGGGAAUGUGUCAGAUUGGCAGAUGAAAGAUAAAGAAGCCGAACCCGAGAUCAAGAGAGAAGACGACGGAGGGAAAGAAGCAAAAACAGUCAUUAGCUGGCGCGGGGCAAUGAUCGAGGCGGAGCAGGAGACGGAGCUUCAAUCCACCGCCCAUGGGAAAGAAGGAACAGUGGCUGAUGCCGUGGGAGCUACCAACUUAGAACCAGUCACAGUGAAGCCCGUAGAUCAUGUAGAGGCGGUGCGAGAGGCUUUUAGGCACGCGUGGAACGGCUACAAGGCUUUUGCGUGGGGUCAUGAUGAACUGAAGCCCAUAUCUAAGACUCAUGGAGAGUGGUUCGGUCUGGGCCUUACACUUAUAGAUGCACUAGACACCAUGUGGAUACUUGGCCUGAAAGACGAGUUUGCAGAGGCGAGGAAGUGGGUCGAGACAGAAUUAUCUUUUUCCAAGAAUGUGGAUGUGAAUCUUUUUGAGAGUACCAUACGUAUUUUGGGGGGUCUCUUGAGCACAUACCACUUGUCCGGGGACACACUCUUCCUGGAAAAAGCUAAAGACAUUGGCUUCAGAUUAAUGCCUGCUUUCAAAACGCCAUCUAAAAUCCCCUACUCUGACGUGAACAUUGGUAAAGGAACCGCUCACCCUCCACGCUGGACCACAGACAGCACGGUGGCAGAGGUGACCAGCAUUCAGCUGGAGUUCAGAGAGCUCAGCCGACUCACACAGGACCCGCAGUACCAGAAUGCAGUGGAGGAGGUGACCAGACAGGUCCACAGAUUGGAGGGAAAGCGUGAUGGUCUGGUGCCCAUGUUCAUCAACACAAACAGUGGUAAAUUCACUCGGCGAGGGGCCUUUACGCUGGGGGCCCGUGCGGACAGCUACUACGAGUACCUGCUCAAACAGUGGCUACAGGGUGGCAAGAAAGAGACUGAGUUGCUGGAGGACUAUCUUCAGGCUGUAGAAGGUGUCAAAAAGAAUCUCUUGAGACAGACUUCUCCUAGUAAACUGACCUUUGUUGGGGAGCUGUCCAACGGCCGUCUCAAUCCCAAGAUGGAUCAUUUGGUGUGUUUUCUUCCUGGCACGCUGGCUCUCGGCGCUCACAACGGCCUGCCCGCUGAUCACAUGGACCUGGCUCUGCAGUUGAUGGAGACGUGCCAUCAGAUGUAUGCGCAGAUGGAGACGGGACUGAGCCCAGAGAUCGCUCACUUUAACCUGCAGUACCAAAGCGGACGGGACAUCGAUGUGAAGCCUGCUGACAGACACAACUUGCUGAGACCAGAGACAGUAGAGAGUCUGUUCUACAUGUACAGAUUCACCAAUGACAGCAAAUACAGGGACUGGGGCUGGGACAUCCUGCAAAGUUUCAACAAGCACACCAGAGUCCCCAGCGGAGGCUACACCUCCAUAGGUAACGUCCGUGACCCGUUGAACCCAGCACCCAGAGAUAAGAUGGAGAGCUUCUUCCUGGGCGAGACGCUGAAGUAUCUCUUCCUCCUAUUCUCUGACGACACCGAGCUGCUCAGUCUGGAUAAGUACGUGUUCAACACUGAGGCCCAUCCACUUCCCAUAUGGCCCUCUGCCUCGUGAGGGUUUCAACAGGAAAUGAUGCAGGCUUCACAGGAAAGUGACCCCUCAGAGCUGCUCGGCAGGAAUGUUUCUGCUCUACACUGAGGUAGCAGGUUAUGCAUUGACCUUUAACUGUACACUUGAGCUUUAUUCAAAAUGCGGUGAGACUAUUUCCUCACCCAGAAGAACUGUGUUACUCAUUAUGGGUGAUGAAACAUCUCAAAUAUAGUUUCCUCCUUUACAAGACUUCACUUACCUUUGAGCACACUGCAAAGUGUUGGACAAGCCCAUGCAGCUGCCACAAUUUUUAGAUGUCUCAUCUUCCAUAUUUGGGACAGAAACAUUAGUGUCAGAGCUCCGUAAAUCACAAGGCAGACUGCUGAAAUCACACACUGUGAAAAAUGCCAAGCACUUUGUAAAAUGAAGACUUCUUUUUUUGUUAACGUUGUUAUUUCUAUGUCUAUAGAAGGAGGCUCUUGAUGGGAGUGCAUCACCUUUAUUUUUGCUGGCUGAUACAGAAGGAAACUGAGUGUCAAUUUCUAAAUGUUUCUUUUUUUGUGCGAGUCAGGGUGCAUUAGUGAAUAUAUUGAGUACUUUACAGAUCAUCUUGAGAUUUAUUUGGGAGCCCUGUGGGAUUGUUUGUAUUUUUCUGUUAUUUAUGUUGACUUAAGUGAGCGUACUUCAGUAAACACUAAUGAUUUGAUGUAGCGGAUGUUGCCCGAAGCCCUGCUUGUGUUAUACACUGCUGAUUUACGCUAUUAUCUACACAUUUUAGCAGCGGUUGCAUGGCACUGGAUGCAACAUUUAGCUAAAACGUGAUCCAAAGUGUAUAUAUGUUCAUUUAUUUAUUCGGUAACACUUUACAAUAAGUUUUCAAAUGUUUACUGUACAUUAUUUCAUGCAUUAGUUCACAUAACCAAACCAUGAACAAAACUUCUGCAGCAUUUGUUCAUCUACAUUUACUAAAACACCUUUUAAAAUCUGUUUACAUUAGUUAAUGCAUUAUGAACUAGCAUUACUAAACAAUGAUCAAUUGCACUUUUACUAACAUUUAUAAAAGUUCAGAAAUGCUGUAAUAAUAUAUUGCUCAUAAUUAGUUCAUCGCUAAAGUGAACCAAUGAGACCUUAUUGUAAAGUGUUACCAUUAAUUCAAAUUUCACAGCAUUGCUACUUGAAAACAUUGCUUGAAGGAUUAACUGAUUCUCAUCAACAGUCAAGAUUACUUUUGAUAUUAAAGCUACAAAAUUGUCUUUGUCAUAUUAGAGUGCAGUCAUAAUCUCUAUCCACACACUGCCAUCUGUUUCAAUAUGCUAGAUUAUUGUAGACAGGUUGGAAACAGUUGAAUGAAUCACUUACCCAACAAUAAAAUGAAAACGUCAUCAUAAAUUCACCCUCAUGUCGUUCCAUUCCAAACCCGAAUUACAUUCUUUCUUCUUGGUCAGUUCUGAAUUGAUUCCUCCUUUUGUGGUCCGAGAAAGAAGGUUGUACAGGUUUGGAAUAACACGAGGAUGACUCGACGAUCACAGAAGUUUCAUUUUUAGGUGAGCUGUCUUAUGAUAAAUUCUUCAUUUAGGUCCUUUUAUAUUUUCUAAUACUUAUGUAAUGUUUUUCCACUACUGGAUAAUAAGAAUAAUAAUAUUGAAGGUUAUUUUAAAAAAAAUUUCAAGGAUAUUUAUAGGAUUUAAUUUUCAGCUGUAGGCUACUUAUUUUUUCUUGCAAUUUUGAAUUUAUAUCUCUAAUUUUGUUUCCUCAGAACUGCAGGAUUUAAACUCGCAAUUGCGAGAAAACGUCAAAAUCGUGAGCUGACUUUUUUUCUCAGAAUUGGACCAUGAUGCACAAUUGCGAGAAGAAUUCUAAAUUCUAAAAAGGUAAUUUUUUUUUUAUAUCUCAUAGUUCUUACAAAAAGUAUUUUUGCAGUUGCAGCAGUAGGCUGUUUCUUAUGGAAGAUUUUUUCCACAACAGAAUAAUAAUUUAAAUGAUAAUUGCAACUCAAUCUCAUUUCGUACUUUUAUUUUCUCACAGGUACAAGUUUACAUCUUGCAUUUCAGUGUUUGUCAGAAUUGCAUGAUAUAAACUCGCAAAUAGCAAGUUUAUAUCUCGCAAUUCUGACGUCUGACUUAUUUUUUCACGCAAUUCUGAGAAUAAAAAAAUCACAAUUACCUUUAUAAUUUUUGUGGUGGAAACAAGCUUCUAUAAUUUCUCUCUCGUAUCGCUUGUUGACUUUAUUUGCGCCUGGUGUCUUUUGUCAAACAGCAGUUAUCCAAUCAAAACGGUCAGGCUGUCAAAUAAUCCUGCAUCUGAAACAAUCCAUUUUCAGGGUGAUUGACAUUUGCAUUACAAUAUGUCUGUUCCGUGUCACAAUCCUCUUGCUGCCUCUAGUGAUACAACGUAAAAAUCUGCAUCGCUUGUGCCUUUGGAUUUACAGAAUACAGAGUGAUCGCAUGAUAAUGAGAGAUUUCUCCCUGAUUGCUUCCCCCGUCUCUCUGCUGCAAUCAGCGGUUUGUGAUUACCGUUUGUGCUCGCCAGCCAAUGUUAAAUGAAGGAUCCCAGAGUGGACACAGAUCUGAUGAGGGUUUGUGAAGGUCAGGUUAUGUUAGUUGUAUUAAUAUCCAGCAUAGCUGAGCCGUAUUGCAUAAUGGUGAAGGUGUAUUAUAUGUAUGUUGUAAGAUACAAGCAGGUCACGUUUGUAUAGUGUAAAAAUGAAAUGGAUAGAAAAGUAGACCAAGUAAAUUAUUAUUAUUUUUUUUUUUGUAAAAUUGUUCAUUUGUUUGAAAUUCAUCUAGGGCUAGGCUUUACUUUCUUUCACUAUUCAAAUUAUUAUUAUUUGGGGUUGAAUUGAAUGAUUUUUUUUUUUUAGAUUGAUCACAUGCAAUUGCAAAGUGCCACCUUUAAGAUUUAUUAUAGAAUGUAUAUUUCUACAAUUUCUUAACAAAAAAGGAACUCUGCCUAGCCUAGUGUGAUUAUGCAUUUUUUUCAUGUUAUUAAUUUUAUGCAUACUUUUUAUGCUAAUCAAAUUAUGAUUUUUACAUAUUCAUAAUUUAAAAUCUAUGGGAAAAAAUGCUACCCUGUAAAAUGGUCUCUCUGGAAGUGGAAAUUAAUAUUGUAAAAGUUGUUCUUGUAAAUACUGUUUGAAAAACUUGCUUUGCUACAUUACACAAAUCAUUUUCUUAUUCCAGUAUUUUGUCUUGUGUUCCAGUGAAAAUAUCUAAACGAUAAGACCGUUCUUUUCUUCAUUUUCUUGAGGUAAGUUUAUUUUUAUUACCCUAUUAAAUCGAACAAAAUUUAGUGACGUUUAUGUUUAAAACAGGCAAAACACAGAAUUUGUCAAUUUUUAAUCCAAAAUAUAUUUUAUAUCAUAUAUAUAUUUUUUUUUUUUAAUUUUGCUUCUCGUGUGAGACAUUUUUGUUUUUUGUUCAAGUAGGAUGAUUAGAUAUUUUUGUUUCACUGGAAAAUAAGAAAAAAAUAUAGAAAGUCAACUUUCUGUGUAUCUAGUAACUAUUCCUAAAUUAAAAACACAACCAAAUAAAACCAUCCAGCAGAAGUUAUCUGUUCUUUUUAACAAAUGCAGAGGUUUGUCAGUACAUAAAAUCAAUGCAACCAAUACAGCGCCUGAAAUCCACUCAGAUAUGUAGUUCAGCCAAGCGCACUUUAUCUCUGAUCCCACUCGGAUGCCCGUCUCAACCAAGGCAGAAACCGCACUUUGAGAAUAUCCAAUUUCCGCUGUGAACUAUUUUUGUUGCUGACCUGUAUGAGGGUUUUCAGUCAUGCACUUUCUUGCUUGCCGAUGUGAGUCCUGCACCUCCGACCUGACUGCAGACUGCCAAUGUCGUGUUUGGUCAUGCAUUUAUAAUAAGGCUUGAACACACUACUACCCAGAGCUAGUUUACUGUAGAUCGCUUUCUGCCAUCUGAGAGCUUUAGCAUUUGGAGAACUAUAGGUAAUGUCUUUGUGUCCAGUUCUUAAUCAGAAUUUUUGUCUUUUUUACAUAUGUGUAAUGUUGCUGUUUGAGCAUGAAAAGGUCUGAAAAUCACAAAGCCCUCACAUCGCUUCAUAAAACUAAAAAACACAUGUGAUGUGACUGAAAAUAACAAACUAAAAGUCCAUAAACAGAAACUAACUUGAUGUAAUUGUGAUAGUAGGGUUUCCCCUUUGUCAUUUUAGGUUCAGAAGAGUGCUCGUGAAUGUGCCCUCGAUGCGCAGGGCGUCUCUCUCAGUUAAAAUGACCUUGUUUUAAGGAUAUUUUGUAGAAAAGGACACUGAUUAAAAACUGAAAAAGUGAUUAUUAUUAUUAUGACUACAUUGUUUUACUCUUCCAGACUUAGAAAUGUAUUGUGCAAUUCUUUUACAUCAAUUAUCAUUCUGACAUUAAAUAUAGUUCUAAAUUCAAGAUUUAUGGUUAAAGUUUGAAGUUAAUAAACUGUCUUUGGUCAUGCAAUCAGUUAAAAUAUAUUGGGCCAAGAUAGUUUCUGAAAUGAGUAAUAUCCUUGAUAAGGAGUUGGUAUUGGAUUCUUUAUUUUUGGUCCUUGGUCUGCCUUGGUCUGGAAAAAACAUAGGCUAUUACUGAGGUGGAUAAUGGACAUGACUGUAUUAUUUAACUUGUCUAGUUGAUUAGCCAGGCCAGUUUCCUACUUCAUGUUCAAUGAAUGUAUUUUAAAAAAAUCGAAGUUGAACUCAAACAUUUGGUUGAGAGGGCCUGUGUUCUAUAUCCCAGAGCAGAUUUCGAGAACUACAACUCAAGCUUAUCCACUUGUUUGGCCAUAGCUGAACCAUACCUGAGGAAUACCUGACCUGAUACGGUUAAAUUUGUUCCCAGAGUUUACAGCUCGAGCAUGGCCAAUUUUCUGCAUGACGAUGAAGUGUGACAGGCCCGCGGCCGCUACCUCUCGAGCGUUAAGAAAGCGCUGUAUAAUUGCUUCUCGUCCCAUCAGGACUGUUCCUGCCUCUUCAAACAUCAUGGCCUCUGUUGGCUCCACUGAGAAAAGGGCACCAAAUUAAAGGAAUAUGACAUUUGUCUUAAGAUCAGAUGCUGGAACUUUAAUUGGUCCUUCUCUUCUUUUUUUUCUAACACAGUUAACGUCUAUUAUGGUUGUGUUUGUUACUUCUUUUAUCGUGACAAUUUUGUACAUUUUAUUCAAUAUUUUCACUGGAUUUAAACCAGCUUGUUUUGUUUUUGUUUGCUUGAUUUGCAGUUAAUGUCACUGAACUGAUCACAAACAAAAAUAAAGCUUGAUAAAUUACGCA